UAGGCGUUGGUGUCGGGGCCAUAAAUAAGAGGGUCCUAUGUCAGGGAAAUUAGAAGUCAGUUAACAUAAGCAUAUACUCGGAGCGAGCAUUAGAGGGCUUUCCUAAACCACCCAAGCCUGCCGAAAUUGAACUGCAGGCGGAAGAACUCAGAGAGCCGUUAGGAAGUUUAGAGAGAAAACCAACAGUAAGAAAGCAUUUUCUCCUGGCUGACCGACCAGCUGUGCUUAAGGCAACAUGAACGCUGUAGCCAGCACCUUGUUGUUUCCAGUGCUUCUGCUGCUGACCCACAGGAUGGAGGAGCUGGUGGAGGCGUGCAGCUGUGCCCCGGCUCAUCCGCAGCAGCUCAUCUGCGACUCGGCUUUAGUGAUUCGAGCAAAAAUAUCCAGUGAAAAGGUGGUUCCUGCCAGUGAUGAUCCUCUUGAUACCCACAAAAUGAUCCGGUAUGAAAUCAAACAAAUAAAGAUGUUUAAAGGCUUUGAAAAGCUCAAGGAUGUUCAAUAUGUCUAUACUCCUUUUGAUUCGUCACUCUGUGGAGUGAAGCUAGAAGCUAACAACAAAAAGCAGUAUCUUUUGACAGGUCAAAUUUCAAGUGAUGGUAAAGUCCUCAUCCAUUUGUGCAACUACAUUGAACCAUGGGAUGAUUUAUCCUUGUCUCAAAAGAAGAGUCUUAAUCAGAGAUAUCAGAUGGGCUGUGGCUGCAAAAUUACUACCUGCUACAUGGUGCCCUGUUCAAUCACCAUGCCAAAUGAGUGCCUCUGGACAGACUGGCUGAUCGAAAGAAAGCUAUAUGGGCACCAAGCCAAGCACUACGCCUGUAUCAAGAGAAGCGAUGGCACUUGCAGCUGGUACCGAGGUGGUCCUCCCCCAGAGAAAGAGUUUAUUGAUAUCAGCGAACCUUAAAAAGAUCACUUCCUAAAAAGCUUUGGAGUCUAAUUCCAUCAAACAUUGCACGCUCACAGCUUUGAAUUGCCAUCGUCUAAUGUAUCUGUUGCUUAGAAACAAAAACAAAUUGUCCUGUACAGCUGAAGUACGAGUCUGUGGAAUUGGCACUCACGCCAGAUGAGGAACAAAUCUCCUGGAGGUAGCUGCUCUGUACAGUUAUGCUUUGUACAGAGAGGCUCAAGCUGAGAGUGCUCCUCUGUGUCCUCUAAGGCAUAACAAGUUUCCCUUUUACCCAUAUGAAUGUAUGAGAACAAAAUAAUUGCCAGAGUUUUGCCCCCUAUUUCUGUUAACCUACAGAUUAAGAGAGCCCCAGGUUUUAUUCAAAAACCUUUCUGAUGAACUACGGAAUGUUUUAUAUAACUAUUUUUUUCUGUAUGAAAGUCUUCUGAUACAAAAGAAUUAUUGUACAGUGUAUAUGUAAAGUAUUAUAACAAUGUGCUAUUAAAAGAAAAAAGAUUAAAAAUUCCCUGUAUUUCCUUAUCUGUUGAAACAAGUUGAACGCUUCUGUGAUUAAAACAGUACGUGCUCCAUAUUUUGAGUGUUACAUCACAGCUUUCUUUAUCUACAGAGUUGUAACUUGCUUUGAUAACCAAGUUAAAAAACAGCCUUGAUAAUCAAAAUCCUCUUACCCAAGUCGAUACUGCUAUGGACUAGCUAUACCUUGCUGAAAGAGAAGCCAGAUGUUCUAAUGCUUCAGCAUUUUAUGGAACCAACACAAAUAAUGACAGGCUAAAACUGCUUUUAUUUACAGAAACCAUGUCCAUCAUCACAGCAGCUGUAGUACUUGAUAGUGCCUCUCUAAAUAUGUGAUUAGGUCAUUGUAUUUCAGCACCGUUAAGAGCCUUGGCUUUAGAAACUCCUGUAAAAUAUAUAUGCAAUAUAUAUCGAAUAACUUACACUGCAAGUGAUUUCUAAAAAGCUCUCAAAUAUUUCACCAUAUUUUAGUUUAAAUUUACAUUAAUGAUUUUUCAUUCAUGAAUACCAAUCAUAAUCUGUCUUAUUGAAUUUUGUAACUCAUAAACUUAUACUAGAAAAGUUUUACCACAUAUUUUGCCUUUUAGUUUUUUAGUGUUCUGACUUUUAUGAAUCGAUUACUGUAGUUAGUAACUAAUCUCAUACGUAUUUAAGUUUACAAAAGUAACUCAAUUCAUAGUGGUAAAACUUAAGAAAUUAUUUCAGUAAAUGCCAAAGUUUAGACAGUGGUCCAGCUGCUUGGGUUCUAGAAACUGAAUGAGAACCAUCGUGCAGGAUAUGAAUCUGUAAUAGCUGCCAUUUCUGAUAUAUUUUACUCUCCUAUUUUCUUCAUUGGGUUUCUUUCACUUCAUUCUAAUUUUGUCUAGAAAUUACUCUCACAUAUUCCACAUAUGAGAAUUUUUAACAAGAGGCAGAGAUUUAGACAGUUCUGUUCUCGUCUGGUUAGAUCAAGUCUAUCUCAAGGUUUAACACAAACGCUUUACUCAUUCCUGCUAACCAUAGUGUGAUGUUUCCAGCCUAUGGGCUCAUUAAGAAUCAAAGCUGUUACUGCCUGUUGGUUCAAGGGUCCAGUGUCCCAAAUAGCUCCUUCAGUCUGUUUCCAACAGAGUCCUUACAAAAUCAUUGGGACUCCAACUUACAUAGAAGAUACGUACAUCUUUAAGUGUAUGGGCAUCUUCCAUUUGAUUCAAUGAAGUUGUCAUUUGGACACAAACCUCAGCGUGCCCCAUGUACCUUGUCACCCCCUAAAGGAUGUUGUAUUGGAUAUAUAAUGCAUACUUGAAAAAAACACCUGUAUAUGUGACUUUUGUGACAUAUUCUGCUCCUGUUUGUAAUGUUUGUUUUGACAAUUGCAUGAAUCCGUAUUUAAAGGAUAGUUUUGAAAACACUGUUAUGAGAAUAAGUAUUCUUUUUUACUUUUUUUUUUUUUUUGUGGCUAAAUGUAUGCAAUUCCAAUGAAGUGCAAAGGGUGCAAGGCCAACAGGAACGCAUGCCGUCAUUCCUUUGAGGAGCAUAUGUUCCUCAAUAGCCAAUGUUUCGUUAUUUACUUUAAAGCAGUGUUUCUCUUUUAAGUUACAAUCCUAAAUCAAAGCACCAUAUAUUUGUGCUGCCAAAUGUAAAUCCUAGCUUGUUUUCUGUUUUGCUAAAGACAAACCAAAAACUACCUAACACUAAUCUGGACCAUGGACUUAUUAUGGCUACUUAUAUAAAUGAAAUAAAAAGGCUACAUUUCUUCUAAAAAGGAGCUGAUGUAGCAGCGACAAUAUUGACAUUGCUAUUUAUUGUCAGUGUUGUGCAUUUAUAUUACAAACUUACAGAAAGACUUAAAAAACAAACCUUAUUUCCUCACGUCAAACCAAAACAAUUCCUAGACAAGCCUGUAAGAGCUUAAUAACCAUACAAAGUCUGAAUCCGGGACAUGGCUAAUUAAUAUUCAGUACAUGUACAGUGUAGCAUUUGUUUCCAAAUCCAUUUUGAUGUCAUGGUAUCUUCUGAAUAGCACUCCACAGCAAACAGAUAUUUUCUGAUUUUUAACUCAACAUAGUUCUGUUUCUACUUCAGUUUUACAGUAACUAGACCUUAAACUCAACUAACCCAACUCAGAUUGCCUUCUUUAUGUACCUUGUAAAAAUAAAUGUUCUCUUCGAUAUUUAUGAACAAACUGUAAUAUGAAUUGUACACCAUAAUUACUUGUAAAAACAUUUUAUAUUUGACCUGCCAUAAAAUAUAACACAAUAUAACAUAAAAUAUAACACAAGGUGUUUCAAAACUAAUGGCCAUCCACUUUGAUUUCUGUCUGAGCACUUAACUGGCCAAACUUUCUGCAAGGUAUGAAGUUUUUUGUACAAAUGUACAAAAGUACAAAGUACAAAGUGGGAUUUUUUUCCCCUGCAUAUCAAUAAAUAUGGCAAGAAAAGCUUUACAAAAAAAGCCUCGCAGAAUGAGUUUUUAUUUUCCCUGGGAUUCAGAACUGAUACAGAUUAUGAAAAGGAUUAACUUCAACGCAGCAUUCUGAAUAUGUUACUUUCCUAUCAAGAUUUUCGCUCUAGUGGCAUUGAUAUAUUAUCAACAGCAGAAUAUUUUUACAUUUUAUUUUUACUUCUUGAAACUGUGUAUGUGUUACAUGAAAGGUUAGAGGAGAAGUAUAGCCUGGUACAACAUUUGAUUUUAAUCUGAAAAUGACUCACAUGACUUAUGAUAAGAGUAGGGAAAAGAAUGAAGAAGGGAGACUGUACAGGUGAAUGGUAGAAGAAACACCACCUUGAAUAUUACUGGCUUUUUCUCAUGUUCCAGUUAAGUUUUAAUUAAAUUGUCCAACAAUUAUGUCAGAAAAGCCAGAGUUCUUUUCAUGACAGAGAACGUAAGAGGUGGGAAUGUAGUGAAACAAAGGGAACUAAUUACUGAGGGAAAGGCUGUAGAUAUGACUCAACUAGCAAUGAGGUUAAAAAGCCUUACAGUGUUUUGUAUAAUCAGUCUGAGAUGAAUGUUUCUUGUUUCAAAAAGUGUUUCAUUAAAGCAGCUCCAUUUUUACACAAAAGAAUGGCAUCUUUGUUUA